GAUUUGUGGCUGUCUUUACUAAUCUUACCUGCGCCAUAUCUGCAUCCAUGUAGGAGUAUUUAACCGCAUCCAUUCUACUGCAUGCACGAUUCGAACUUCCACAUAGAAGUACAAAAGUUAAUCCAACAUUCCACCAUUUUAGAGGUUCCGCCGCAUUGGCCAUCUCACAAUUCCCAUCGGAAUUCAUAGAUCUACUCCCUCUUUUACCCGGGACAGAUUUUUAAUGGUUCAUCCGCUUGGAACACCUCAAUGAUGUCAGAGGGCGGCGGGGGUCGCCUUGGAGGAAUCGGAAUCUAGGUAUUUGAUGGCCGCUGCAGCCGCUGGAUGGAUAAUUGGCGCGGCUUGCGCGUGACAGAACUCUAGAUCGGAGGCUCAGGUCCAGCGUGAGAUUUUGAGAUCUUUCGAAUUGGUUUAGUCAAGAUGUUCUGGCGUAUGCCUGGGGCGCCGGUGGCGUCGCCUGUGGAUACUAUUUUGGACAAGGAGAAUUGUACUUUGGAAGAGCUGCUAGAUGAGGAUGAAACAAUUCAAGAAUGCAAAGCAAUGAAUAACCGUCUAAUUAAUUUCCUUCGCGAGAGGACUCAAGUUGAGCAGCUCCUUCGCUAUAUUAUUGAAGCAGCUCCUAAGGAAGCUGAUAAAAGACGAACUUUCAAGCUUCCCUUUAUUUCUUGUGAAAUUUUGACAUGUGAUGUUGAUAUAAUAUUACAAAGUUUGCUAGAGGAUGAUGAGGCGAUGAAUCUGUUGUUUUCUUUCUUGAAACCUGAUCACCCACGUAGUACAAUUUUGGCUGGUUACUUCAGCAAGGUUGUGUUAUGCUUAAUGGCACGGAAGACCACCCAACUCAUGAGUUAUGUUCAGAGCCACCCAGAAAUUUUACAUCAACUCAUUGAUCUAAUUGGUAUCACGUCUAUGAUGGAGGUUUUGAUUCGUUUAAUUGGUGCUGACGAAAAUAUGUAUUCCAGCUAUACGGAUGCAUUGCAGUUGGUAGAUUCCACUGACGUGCUUGACUUGAUUGUUGAUAAAUUCAGUUCAUCGGAUUCACCUGAAGUUCAUGCUAAUGCAGCAGAAGUACUUUGUGCAAUAACUAGAUAUGCUCCUCCCGGACUUGCAGCAAAGGUUUGCAGCCCAAGUUUUGUCGGAAGAUUAUUUCGAUAUGCACUGGAAGAUUCAAGGCCAAAAUCUGUUCUGAUUCAGUCAUUGUCUGUGUGCAUAUGUCUUUUAGAUCCUAAGAGAUUACUUCAAUCUUCUUACCAAUCAUUUAGAAGCCAGUUAAGCCAUGGAACAGUUGUAAUUGCCGAUCCAGAGACUGUUGAUCUCAUGCUAGAGAAACUAGGGUAUUUGUUGAAGCUCUUGGAUGUUGCCACUUAUGAUGUCACCUUGCCUACUACUUUUGGUUACUUGAAGCCUCCUCUUGGAAAACAUCGUUUGAAGAUUUUGGAGUUCAUUUCUAUUUUGUUCACAUUAGGAAGUGAAGAUGCUGAGAAGGAACUUAUUCGCCUAGGAGCUCUGAGACAUGCUCUAGAUUUGUUCUUUGAGUACCCCUUUAAUAACUUUUUACAUCAUCAAGUGGAGAGUAUGAUGGUGUCCUGUUUAGAAAGUAAAAAAGCUUCACUUGUGGAACAUGUUCUGCUUGAGUGUGACAUUGUUGGUAAAAUUCUUCGAGCUGAAAGGCAGCCUGCACUACGUGUGCAUUGUGACAAGCCAACAGUAUUGGCACAAGGAAGAUCACCUCCAAGGAUUGGUAAUAUAGGGCAUCUGACACGUAUGGCUAACAAACUUGUUCAGGGAGCAAAGAAUAAUGGAAUAAUACAGAAACAUCUGCAGGAAAAUAGUGAAUGGGUUGAUUGGUAUGCGAAGGUACUUAUUAACCGAAAUUCAGUGGAGAAUGUUUGCAAUUGGGCUUGUGGGCGUCCAAGUUCAUUGCACGAUCGAAUAAGGGAUAGUGAUGAUGAAGACUUUAGAGAUAGAGUUGACUAUGACGUGGCAGCAUUGGCUAGUAACUUGAACCAGGCAUUUCGGUACAGUAUAUAUAACAAUAAUGACAUUGAAGAGGCUCAGGGAUCCCUUGAGCGUGAAAAAGAGGAUUUUUACUUUGAUGAUGAAUGCGCUGAAGCUGUAAUUUCAUCCCUGCGUUUGGGUGAUGAUGAUCCGGAUAGCUCUCUUUUCACAAACUCGAACUAUUUUGCUUUCCAAGAUGUCCAAGUUGUAAACGAUCGUUCUUCUGAUUCCCCCACAUCGCCAUCACGGAAUCCGGACAACACUGAUGAGGUAGUUGUCGGUGAGGGUGAAGAGCUUGCUGACAUGCCAACAUCACCAAAAACCUUGACUUCGAACGUCGAGUUUCAGGAUGUUGUAACAACACGCUUCAGUAACGGCUCAUUAACGGAGAAGAAUCAUGAAAGCUCGAGUCCAUCGGGUGAAAGUAUGAAACCACCUGAAUGGAUUGAAUGGAGAGAGUCAACGGCAUCGGAAAAUCUACAUGGUAUGAGGACAAAUUCGAAUGAACCGAAUAUAAACAUUGAAGUGGAAGAUCAAAAUAAAGAUGUUGAGACAGAAUCAGGAAGUCGUUGAUGAUUUGAAUCCAUUAGAAAAUUAAUCAUAAUAUUUCUAGAACUGUGAGAAUAAUUCCCAAGCUCUCUGUUAAAUGACGACUUCUGAACACGAGCGAGAACCUGAAGAAAAUGAAGAUAAAUGAUCUUGAUGAUUUUUAUGGGAGCUUUGUUCAGUUUUGUAAGAUGGAGGUAAUGUGGCAUGACGAAGGUUUAUCAUAGGAGGGUUGGUAUAGUUUAUAACCUGUACGAAAGAUCUAACUGAAGCUCUGUGGAAAACGUCGUAGAAGUCUAUACAUUUUGGUGGUGUGGUGGUGAACAUAUUGGUUGUAAAAUCAAAGUUGUAAUCUUAUUCGCUUUUUGAUGGGAUGUAAUAAAUUCGUAGAAAUAGCCUUUUAUAGGUUAUUAUAUUUAAAUUUUGAUUUUAGGUGGGCA